AUGGCACCUUUUUAUCUCUAUUUCUUUCUUAUAUCGUUAUCGUUAACAAAAUCAUGUGACGUAUUCAAUGAUAUGACGUGUAGUUGUUAUGAAUCCAUUGAGAUUCGUUGUACAAUAUCUAAAAUUGUGCCAUUAACAUUCAGUCCCUCAUCAACAUCAUACUUGAAAAAAUUUUCAUCAAUUGAUAUAAAAUUUGAUGCCGAUGAUGUUAUGGAACUUGAUAGAAAUUAUUUCAGUAAUUUAAAUCAACUUUUUCCUGACAUAGCAAGAAAUGCUCUAUCAAUAACAUUACGUUUUCAAAAUUUUCGAUCCUUUCAUGCAAAAUCAUCCUGUUUUUCUCAAUUAUUUCAAGGUUUAAUAUCUCCAUACAAGCGUUUAACAAUUGAAUUACAUCCUGUGAAAGCCAAAUCAAUUGUAUUCGAUCAAAAUACGUUUGAUAAUAUUCAUAUUGAUGAACUAUCGAUUUUUGCUGAUUCAUUAACAUCACCAUUUGAAUCGAUAUUUAACAAUACAAAUAUUACACAUUUAAAUAUUGAAGGUGCACUCUUAGCACAUGACCCAUUCCUAUUAAAAGACUAUAAAGGUCAUAUUCAAUCGUUGAAAAUUACUCGAAUGAUUGAUACUGUUAACAGUGAAGAAUUUCCUCCAUUUCCAGUUCAAUCUUAUACAAUUGAAGCACAUAAAAUGCGAACAUUAGAUGCAUUAUCUUUUAUAAAUUAUACUCAAUUGACCGGUUUAAAUAUAAUUCAACCUGAUGUUUCAAUAACAUCGAACAUUUUAAAUGGCAUGGAAAAUAUUCAAACGUUAAAAUCUGUUUCAUUCGACGCUGAACGUAUUGCUGAUGGCGCAUUAAAACAUGUGAAACAUAUCGAAACAUUAAUUCUUGGAACAUACACAAAAAUUUUAGAUACAGAAAUUUUUAAUUCUUUGAAGUCUCUAAAACAAUUAGAUGUGCGCUAUGUACAAUUUUCAACGUUACAUGCAAAUACAAGUUGUUCAUUAGCUGAUUAUAUUAAUCGUCGACGUAUGAUGGGUUUAACAGUUUAUUUACCAAAUGAAAAUCCUUAUUGUGAUUGUAUAUUAGUUUUUCUUAAUAAUAUGGUUGAUGAUGGUUCACAAUUAGUUAAAUGUCAAUCAACAAACAAUGAUCGUUGCUUAUUUUCUUCAUGCUCAAUUGUAUCCGAGUAUUUUACUCGUAAACAAAAGGAAGAUAUGGAAGAAGAACAACAAAAAAACGAAAAUGGACUAUCGGUUAUAACACCACCGCAAUCAAUACCAAUACAAGAUCAAUAUGAACCACCAUCGAUUGAUUUAAAUGAUAAUGAUUCGCCAUAUUUUUCGGAUGACAAUACAUUCAUAGAUGACGAAAGAAAACCAGCUAGUUCAACAAUAAAUCCUGUUGAAGUAAAUAAUUAUGAUGAAGACGAAGCGAUUAGAAAAACUCCGGAUGUUAUGUCAUUAGAAACAACAACUAAUUCACUUUUGUUUGAUCCCGAUGAAUCGGAUACUCAGUAUUCAACACGAGACAUGAAACGUGUUAAUCCAGAUUCGAAGAAAACGCCAACAAGCAAAUAUUUAGCCCUAUCAUGGAUACCGUUUGCUAUCAUAGCAGCAUGUUUGUUCCUGUCAUUAAUUAUUGCUAUGAUCAGUUAUAUUAUCUAUCACAAACAACGCACUACCUCGUUUAAACUUGUCCCACAAGCAGCACCAAUCGUCUAA